GCUUGUAAAUUUCCAAGAAAGUGUGCAUGUUCUAGAAAUCCUUGUUUUUCCUACUUUGAAAAUUCAAUCAUAAUAGUCCUUACUGCUUAGUCUAGUUUAUAUUCUAUAAUAAUUUCUUCCCUCUUCUAUUAAUUUUGCAUUAAAACUCGAAGGACAGGUGAGGUAAAGGCAGAGACUUUGAGCUUGAGAUUGAAUUUUCUGAAAGUGGAUAAGAUGGAACAAUAUGCGGCUCAGUUUAUUGAGAGUCCAUUGAUGAACACUUUUGACAAAACUCCAGAGAGGAAAAUUUCGACUCUAUCUGAACCUGUCAGCUUGAUUCAUAGCCCAUCUUCCUCAUAUGGCUCUUCCUCCUUCAAAACAAAUAAGGGGGAUUCAGAGUCAGAGAUGGGCCAGAAGAAAAAACUUGGUAGGAAAAGUAGCAGUUUUGCAUACAGGAUUUGCGACCAUGUGAAACUGGGUGGUCCUAAGUUGUCUCAAACUGUAAAGGGAAAGCUGAGUUUGGGGGCAAGAGUUAUUCAACAAGGUGGGAGAGAGAAUAUGUUGAGACAAAUAUUUGGAAUGAGUGAAGGAGAAGAGAUGUUGAAAGCCUCACAAUGCUAUUUAUCGACAACAGCUGGUCCCAUUGCAGGACUCCUCUUUAUUUCUACUGAAAAGAUUGGCUUCUGCAGUGAAAGAUCCAUCACCUUUCCUUCCCCUACCGGCCAUUUGAUUCGAACACCAUACAAGGUUCUGAUACCAGUAAAGAAGAUUCAAAGAGCCAACCAAAGUGAGAACGUGAACAAGCCUUCCCAGAAGUACAUAGAAAUAAUUACCGAGGACCAUUUUGAAUUUUGGUUUAUGGGAUUCAUACGGUAUGAGAAAGCUUUUCUUAACCUCCAAAAGGCCGUUUCUAUGGCCAACCAAAUGUAAUGUAAGAAGCAAGCUUCUGUUUAAGUUAGAGGAGAGAAAAUUUCACCAGGCAUUAAUCGUGCUUAUGAAGUUGGGGAGUUGAAAAGUUCUUUCAGUGUUACUUGUACAAUUUUGUUAGUUUGUAGCUGGGAAGCCACUUGUAGCCCUUUAUUGUGUUAGGAAUUUUAAAUUAGUAUAAAAUAGCCAUUUCAAAGUUAUUUGUACAAUUU